UCGCGCACGGUGUAAACGUAGUCCUUGUAUAGGCUGCGGCCUAAAUGUACGGUGUAAACGUAGCCAGUGUGUCCGUUGAACGCGGUCCAUCUGGGUCUCCAUUAGUCGACCUCGUCCUCGUGUCAGUUGUUACUCGCAAGUUAGCGGCAGUGGUCAUUACUUCAUUCAAAUAACAUUUGAGGGAAUUGCUUGUCGGUUGUUUGAAUGCAAAUCAGUUGUGGAAUUUAAUAUAUCUUUCGAAACGACACGGUAAAAGAGAGAGAAGAGAGGUGGAAGUUGAAAGAUGAAAUAAUUAUAUGGUAUAAUUGGCAAGCCAAUCCUAAGGGAUCAUUCAUUAUAUAAAGAGUCAGCAGAAUCACUAAACUAAUAAACACACAGUGGCAUUUGUUGAUCAGGUGGAAUUUAUAAAGAGAAUCGAUUGAUAAAUAUUGAUAGCAAAUUAACAAAGUAUAUGAAAAAAACAAAGAUCCUUUAUCACAAUGAUAGUUAGAGCUUUAUGCAAUACCUUUUCGGGAAGACAGAUUGUCUCGUGCAUGCAGUCACAGUUAUUAAAACGUAACCCAUACUUGGGUCUUGGACAAUUGACACGCACGAUAUCUUCGCAUCAUGUCUCAAAGAAUAUUGAAUUGCUUACACAAAAUAAUCGUGUUAUCUCAUCUAAAAACAUUGCUCAGACUCUAAAUGUAGCAAACAAUCGUCCUUUGUUAGUCAUUCUCACUUGGCUACUAUCAGAGCGACGACACGUUAUGAAAUUUGUUAAUUUGUAUAUGGAACAAGGUUUUGACGUCGUAGUGGUAUCCCUUACGCCUUGGCAACUUUUGUGGCCUACAAAGGGUGCUAGGCUAGUGGCAGCGGAUUUGUUAACUUUCUUAAAGCAAAACGAAAGUUACCAACAAAUUCUGUUACAUGGGUUUUCAGUGGGCGGUUACAUGUGGGGUGAAGCUUUAGAUUUGAUACAAAGCAACAAGGACAAAUACAAUACUGUUACAGACAGAAUUAUUGGACAGGUAUGGGAUAGCAUAGCUGACAUUAGUCAAAUUCCAAUUGGUUUCCCUCGUGCAGUAUUCCCGAAAAACAUGAUGUUGCAAUCUAUGUUACAAAAAUACGUAGAAUAUCACAUGAAGACAUUCCAUAAACAAGCGACACAGUAUUACAUUCGAUCCAGUCAGAUAUUUCAUGCUGCUAAUGUACUACGCGUACCAGCAUUAUUGUUUGUAAGCAAAACUGAUCCUAUUGGAACUGUAACCAGCAAUUUAGCUUUACGCGAUGCCUGGGAAUCUUUAGGAAUAAAGACAUACAUGAAGAUAUUCGAAGAGUCGCCGCACGUUGCCCACUUCUAUACGUAUCCUAAGGAAUAUGUUGCCGAACUCUACGCCUUCUUACAAAAAUUAAAUUUAAUACAAAACGAAGAAAAGAUUAGAGCGCGUCUUUAAGUAUCUCAAGAGCGCGCUAUUCUUUCACAUGUGUAGUUGUAUUUUUUAUAUGAAGUUGCCUUUUCGAUUACAUUCUGUUUCGUACACUUAACACUUGCCACAUGCAUAAUAUACUUACACAAUAGACGAUUUUGUAUAUAUUUAAAUUUACAAAAUAUAAAAUUUUGCGAGCAAUCGACAUCAAGUU